AUGCCACCUCAGAGACUCCUUUCCUUCCCGCUCGAGUAUAGCGACAUUUACGCCGCGGUCAUCGAACUCGGCAAGUCUCUCGAACUCCCCGAGCGUUUUGACCUAGUCGGGGUUCGCUGCGCUGAUUGUCGGCUCGGUUGGCCUAUGCAAGAUGCUCAAUUCAAGCGGAUGGUGGACUGGGCGAUGGAAAACACUGGUAGAGUAACCAACAACGAUGGUACUAUCAACGUCCGAGCCACUGGUUAUAAUGUUGGGGCCGCGUUUGCGGACUCCUUGGGCAUCAUUGGUGGCGUCACAGCAGUCUACGUGCCGUCGCAAAAGAAACCCAACUUGCUGACCACGCUUGCGUUAUUCUGGAUUGAGACUAAUGGGACUAUCAUCGAAGACCGAUAUAAUAAGGUGCAACAAGAAGAAUUCGCAGAGAAGCUAGGCUUCGAAGGUCCACCAAAGUGGUAUAUAAGUGCGGACUUCAUCGACCAGCAUUAUCUCUGA